CAGAAGGAGAAUCAGAAUUUAAAAACAAGUAUGUCUGAUGAUAUAUUAUCUAAAUGCUUAAAUAGACGAGAUUGGAAGAAAUAUAAAGCCAAAGCAGUAACUGAAAUAAAUAAAGACAAUGAAGUUAUUAAAGAAUUAAAUAACACAGAAUAUAUUGAUUCAACUAAGUCAGAAAAGGUUAAACGAAAUUGCGAUGUAAAAGUUGCAUUUGAAGAUGAAAAAACUGACAAUAACAAUAAAACUAAAACAGUAAGCGUAGUUGAUAAAACAGAUAGAUUGGAACUAGAGGAAUCUGACGUCGAACCGAAUAAUACGUCUUCGGAGAAAGAAAUUAAGUGUCACAGUUAUAAUUGCUUCGAUGUAUCUGGAUUAAGGCCGAAGAGAAAUAAUAGUGGAAUCAAAGGUCAUUUAUCUAAACUUGGUGCUGAGUCUAUUUCAACGGAAAAAGGCGCCCAAGUUUAUUUCUCCAAUGACUCUAUUGACGAUUUCUUAUCGGAGCGAGGUGUUACUUAUCUCGCAGGUGAAAAUAUAUCAAAAUACACGUUUUCAAGUGAUUUUAAUGAUGUAAAAAAAUCUGCAGAAUCUACGCUCUCUAGUAAAACAUCGAAGAAUUUUGUUAAAAAUAUUUUAUAUUUGCUUCGUAAGAAAUCUAAGCUUGGCACAUCAUCAGAUCCUGGUCGAAAUGAAGACGUGGAUAUGAAAUUGAUUCACAUGUCAAAGGCAUCUGUGUAUACAUCCAGUAAUGAUUCUGAUUAUGUUAGGACUUUAAAAAGGAACGAUUCAAGGACAUCCUUCUAAUUUAUAAGUGAUUUACUGAUAAAAAAAGAAAUCGACUUAAUAUAACACAACGUGAAGACUUGAGGUUAAAGCUAAG